UGUGUAGUGCGAGUGUGGUGAUUAGAGUCAUGUCUGCCUGUCUGCUGCCUCUCCUCUGUGUCCUGGUGGCCUGGUCGGCCGCCUUCCCGGAGGCCACUAUGGGUCACACGGAGGAGUUUGACUUGACAUCUAAUGUCAUAUUAAGCCAGAUUGCUAUACAGCAGCUGCAGGAGGAGCAGGGAGGCGUCGAGGAAGGUGUAAAAAGUAUACUGAUGGUGAUGGCCAACCUGACUGACCUGGUCUCCACUCACAUGACUCUUGACUACAGGUGUAUGCAAGGUGUGAAGGAGAGGGAGAACGCCACCCGCCGCCUCCUGGACACUCUGGACCAGCUGGAGUGUGUCAACAAGGCUCACCAAGCUGACAACCUCAAGCUGAAGGAGGAAAACACUCGCCUAAAUACUGCUAAUCAUUUGCUCGAGGAGGACAACAUGAAAACUAAGAACGAAGUGCGCCUUGCUCAGGAGGAGAUUGUACAAUUAAAGUCCCAGAUCCGUCUAGUGGAGGAGGACUCGAGGCUGGUCAAGGAGGAGAUCCGUCAAGUGGAGGAGGACUCCAGGAUGGUCAAGGAGGAUGACAUGAAGACUAAGAACGAAGUGCGCCUUGCUCAGGAGGAGAUUAUCCUAUUAAAGUCCCAGAUCCGUCAAGUGGAGGAGGACUCGAGGCUGGUCAAGGAGGAGAUCCGUCAAGUGGAGGAAGACUCGAGGCUGGUCAAGGAAGAAAACAGGAAGACUAAGAAUGAUGUUCGCUUAUCAGAGGAGGCGAAUCGUCGUCUAAUGGCUGAUAUUCGUCAAGUGGAGGAGGACUCGAGGCUAGUCAAGACGAAGAACCGACAGCUGGAGCUCGCGGAGACCCAAGCCCAGGAGAGGGUCAUGACAGCGUUGACGAGGAUCGCUGAGCUAGAGCGAGAGACACAACAGCUGCAAGAAAUGAAUAAUAACACAGCAGGAGAGAAAAGACUUGUUGAAGAGCAAUUCUCACUCCUGGAAGAACAGGUCAGGGCCUUUCAAACAGCAAACGCUGCUCUGAAGGAAGAAAAGGAAGAAACAAACAGAAAGACUGAAGAGGAGAAAAGACUUGUUGAAGAGCAACUCUCCGUCAUUGAAGAAGAGGCCAGUAAGUUACGGGUAGGAAACACGGCUCUACAGAGUGAUAAAGACAGACAGGCACAGCAACUCAUAAGUACUCAAGAGGAAAAUAAUCAACUAGCAGAAAAAAGUCGCUUGAUGGAAGAGGAACACGAGAAGUGCAAGAGGAAUGUCAGUGAGCUGUCCACAAGGGUAACAGUGGCCAAUGACUGUGCUGAACAUUACUGCUGGGGAGUGAGGCUGGAUGGCGUCUACUUCAUCAAACCUGACAGGGAGGGACGGCCGGUGUCUGCCUGGUGUGACAUGACUACUGACGGAGGAGGAUGGACGGUGUUCCUCCGGAGAGACACAAGAGUUGUUCCUGCGGUGAGCUUCAGGAAAGACUGGGAGGCCUACAAGACUGGCUUCGGUAACGCCGCCACAGAGUAUUGGUUAGGGACGGAGGCGGUGCACCAGCUGACGCAGCCCUCGCCCCAGACAGUGGGUCUGGCCGCCACCAACAACCAGGAUGAUCACCGCUGGGCGCUCUGGUCCACCUUCAGCGUCGCCAGCGAGAGUACCGGGUACCAGCUGCUGGUGGACGGGUACCAGGGAGAGAGUACCAUGGGGGACGUCCUUGUACGGCACCACAACAUCAGUGGAAUGAAGUUCUCCACCAUCGACAGAGACAAUGAUCUCUGGGAAUGGUCCUGUGCUCUGUACAAGAUAAACCAAGCCGGGUGGUGGUACAAUGGGUGCACUGAUGUUGAUGCCACGAGUCUCCAUAGUGACAUGAGCACAAAAUACUGGACGCCAGGUGACAGAGACAGGGAGUAUCUCCGGCAGAUACAAAUGAUGAUACGACCCCAGAACUUCCCAGCUUGUCACCAGUGAUUGUUGUACCGAGUGGCGUCAAUCACCAGAGUGAAGUUCCUCCACAAGUGGCACAAGUGGAAAUCUAGGGGGUGCCCUUGACUUGUUCCAGGGACCAACUGAGGCCAGACCUAAUUAUCCUCAGAUAAUUAAUCAGCUUUUCCCACUAUGAUUGUAAUAUUAAACAAUAAAACUCAAUAUAAAACUUUUUCCUCUCUUGGAGGAAUUACUUGAUGCUGUGGCUAAUACUUAGUAAAAUUAAUCUCAGUAUCCUAUAGGCUUUAUUCCAUAUAUUUAUGCAUUGAACAUUUUCUUAUGAUCCCUGCAGAUCAUGACUCCUUAAUAUUUCUUCCAUAAAUAAAUACUUCACAUAUUCAAUAUUGUCCAGGAGAUAUAUGGGAACUCUAGUAUUAUUACUACUAACCUCAUAUCCCAACAUUUUUCAUCAUUAAACUGCAUCUGCUAAUCUUUUGUCCUCGUGCAAUGUCUGUACAGAUUGUCUUUUAGCACUUUUGGGAGUUUAACUCCCAUAUGGGAGUUAAAUCCAUGUGGGAUUUAACUUCAGUCAUGCGAACUCGCUGCUGUCUUGUUUAAUAACCAAGGUCUAAUCCAACUUAUGAUAAAACCCCAUUACCAUGUGCCUCCAGCUUUUUAGUCUUGUGAGGCACAGUAUCAAAGUCUUGCUGACGUAAAAUUUUAGAAUGUCACAAACCUUCCUACUAUCAGCUACUUGAAAUUUACAGGAAAAGAAUGAUAGAAAAAGUCUUAAACAUGAGCGGCCGUUAGUAAAACCUUGUCGUGAAUUAUUAAUUAAUCUGUUUUUCAAGAUGAAAACGAAUGGCUUUGUCAAUUAUCAAUUAAACCCAUUUCCAGCAAUUGGCGCCACAUCAUCAACCAUCCAUCACUCCGGUACUCUGCUCGAGUCUAAUGAUUAAUUAAAUAUGGUAGACAAUAGGUCACAAAGCUUUUCUCUACAUUAUUUAAGCACCCUGGAUAAUGUUUUGUCUGGCUCUGGAGACUAGUUUGCCUUUAGUUUGCAUAUAUGUUUAAUAACUAGUAACUGCUAAACUAGUUAACUUGUCUUCUCGACCUUCAAAGACUUUUUCUGCUGAAUGCAUAGUUGAGUUGCUUUAGGAAAUACAAAGAUGAAGAAUUGAUUUGAGAUACGUAACAUUUCUUAUUCCUUUUCAGUUACCUGUCCUGCCUCAGAUAUAAUUUGUGCAGUCCUUUCCUUAAUCUUUGUUUACUAUAUCAGAACAAAAGUUUUAGAAAUUGUCAUUGCCUGGUCUGCUAUAUAUACUUCAUAACUAUGCUUCAUGGCUUUGCUUUUCUUAUUUCUUUAACAUUUCUAACUAGUUUGGGAUAUUGUUGUUUAAGAUUGACUUCCCCAUUCACAGACCUUUGAUCAUAGUUUUUCCUACCGAUAAGGUUUUUAAUCACAUGAUUAUCCAUUUGGGGUCAUUGUUAUUUUUCCUAACCAAUCAAGAUGGUACACCACAUUAUACCUUGAUUAAGCAUGUUUUAAAUAAAUUUGUUUGAAUAUG